AUGUCUUUACCCACCUUCCCACCCGAAUUAAUCCAAUGCAUCACCGACUACCUCUUCCCAUCUAUACAAGAUGUGAAUUCUCUAGCCAGAACAUCGAAACUCCUACACCGAACCACUAACCCCAUACUAUACCACCACCACCUCGUUCAUCAAGGUAGCGCGAUCCUAAUAUGGGCCGCCAAAUACGGCAAAUCAGACCCCUGCAGGCGUUUCCUGCACGAAGGCGCCAAUCCCAACAUCCAAGAUCCGACGCACGGCAGAACGCCGCUUUCAUGGGCCGCCGAAUUCGGUUACAAAGAUGUCGUUGAGGUUCUUCUCUCGUCUGACGAGGUUGAUCCGAAUGCGCCCGACAUGAAUGCGCGCACUCCGCUCUUCUGGGCCGCAGGGAAUACGAGACAAUCUCUUUCUAAGAUGUGGAGUCCGUAUUGGUUCAGUCCCACAGUGGAUGUCUUUCAGUCGUCAAAGCCGGAGGAUUACCUCGCUAUCGUGAAGAUGUUGCUCUCUCACAAAGACACCCAGCCGGAUUGCCCGAACGAGCACGGGGUGACACCCCUUACCGUUGCCGUCGCGGAGGGCGCAGAAGGUGUAGUCGAGGAGCUACUUCGCACGGGGAAGGUAGAUGUCAACUCGAAGGACGAGUUCGGGCAAACGCCGCUCAUGGCCGCGGCCAGAAUCGGACACACUGGGAUUGUCAAGCAACUGCUGGCUAUUGAUGGCGUGGACUUGGACGCCAGAUCUGAGAGCGGAGAUAGUCCGCUGAUGAGCGCCGCGCGGCACGGGCAUGCGGAGAUCGUGCAAUUGCUGCUUGACAGUCCUGCCGUGGACCCGGACCAGCAGCCUAGUUUUGGAGACCGGCCUCUGUUAAUAGCCGUGGCGGAAGGGCACGCGGAUGUCGUGGAGGUGCUUCUUGCUAGCGGGAAGGUUGAUCCAAACUUGCCGAAUAGACGGGGCGUCACGGCGAUUGUGAGGGCGGCGCAACGAAACCGGGCGCAAAUUAUGCGCAUACUGCUUGACAAGGGGGUCGAGCCGGAUGAGAGGGACAGGGAGGGGAACACGCCACUUGAAAUCGCUUCUGAGAGGGGGCAUAUCGAGGUAGUUAGGCUUUUGCUUUCGACGGGUCGGGUGCAGCUUUUCGAGUUGACGAACCGCAAAAGGGCGCCUUUUUGGGCAAUGUCGCAGUUGAAAGCGAAUGUUAUUGAGGCGUUGGAGGAUUAUAGGAGGCGUCAAGGUGGCCCCCAGUUGGAGUCUUAA